GCGAAACAGUGCGCGCUGCUGGAGAUCCUGCAGCUCGGAUGCGCUCGCUGCUGCUGCUGCACGGUGCCAACUCUGUGACACUCUGUACCAGGUGCAGAGACUCGGAAUAGCUGGGACACGUACUGAUACAAAUGCUCAAGACGCGCACAGUGUUUGCAGCGUAACCACGAAGUCAAGUGCGUCACACAAGAGUUUUACGGGAACUGUUAAACCGAUCUUUAUGGGGUUUGGCGCUUUAUAAGCGCGCGCUUGGGGCACUGGACCAACUACUAAUACAAAAGCAGCGAUUUAAAAGAUCUACUCUGUCUCUGGACUCGCUAUUAUUUUUGAUUGCAGUAUGGGACAGCAAGGCUCCAAAUCCUCCGUGGAGACGAGAGUGUUUUUCCAUCGCGUUGUCACAGUGGACAUGGAUCAGAGAACAGACGUAUGUUCAGCGUCUCUUGUCCACAUUCAGAAGAAGGUGACCACUCAGUCCAUCUGUCUCCAGUCUUCAACUCGGGCACCGGAGAAGUCGCCAUCCCGCUCUUGGCUCCAAAGCCGCUGUGACAACAGUGGGCUGGUGUACGUGAUGGACAACCCAACCGGAGGCGUGUGGGUGAAGCCGGAGGAGAACUGGACCAGAUCCUGAUAGUAUCAAAUCUCUGAGUGACUUUCAAACGAAUUCAUCGACGAAAUGAAGUCCACGCGCCUCGUGAUCGGAUGCUCUGCGCGCCCUGAAGCUUUGGCGUCUUGAUUCCCAGCUGCUGCAGCAGCAGGAUGGCGGUGAUUUGCGCCUCCAGGAGUCGAGGUGGAUUUCUAUCGUAUCUGCGACGUCGUAGGAGAAUUGGAUCAUCAUUGAAAUUGAUUGAUUUAGUCAAAUGUGACACUGUCAUACUAAGAUGAUGAGAAGAUGAAGUAGCAUUCGUCGUGCAAGAAUAAUGUGGAGUAGAUGAAACACAGGUGUCAGUUAGCACUGAGAGUUGGUCAGAGUUGGACCUUCCACUUUUGGAUGAAGCCGCCAUUCUGCUAUACAUCAGGGUCCAUUGCCUCCUUCCUCCUCCAGUGCCUGACUUUUAUUUAUUUACCUUUGGUUUUAUUUGACUUAAACUCCCUUUGCACACUUAAUUUAACGGAUGUCUUAUGGUGUAUUGGUUGUUUUUGGUCACAUUUUUAAGUAUGACGUGUGGAGGUCAGUGGAGAGUUAAGACAACAUUAGAAUGCCUUUCAGUAACUGAGUUGUUUAUUGGAGUUCUGGAGUCAUCUGGGUUUUACAGAAAUAUGUGGGGAAUAUGAAGAUGAUAACAUCCAUCAGAUGUUGAAUAUCGAUCUCAUAGAUGGAAUGAAUUGACUGUUUUUUAAUGUUGAACUGAAAUGUGAAGAGUCCAAAGUGUGUUCUUCAGAGAGAACAUUUUUAUUGUUAUUCUUUGGUUCUUGAGGACUGCAAUGUUCAUAUUACUUCAGGUUGUGUAUCAUGUUACUGUGAACAUUAAAUUCAUGAGGAAGUAAGUAAUAAGCACUGUAUUUCACGAUUUUACUAAAGGUUUCAGAUUUACAUUCGUUUCACAGCAAAUUGAGGUGAUAAAGACGACCAAAGACCCCAUCUACUCUGAAACAGUGUUGAAUUGAACUCCUUUAUUGUUAUUUAAACACACAUCUUAGGUGCAAGUUUAACAUUCCCAGUGUUAAACGAGUAUAUUUGGUCCUAAAUGAAAUGGAUGUUAAAUUUUAGUGUUACUGUAACACAUACCAUUUCACAAACUAUUAUACCUCAAAUCUAUGUGGUUUCAUUGGGUAUAGCUACUUAAGUGCACUUACAGAUGAUAGAUCACAGUGGGUUUAUCCUAAUUAGAUUGAAUAUUUAUAUGCAAUUUCCUAAAAUGCAUUGUGACAACACUUCCCUUGCAUAAAAAUGGCACAUGCACUGUAUAAAAUACGGAUGGACAUUGUUGAUUUUAUUACAACGGUGUAUUUUACAGUGCACAAUCACGUGGCACCAACGUCAGGGGCAAACUUUGCUCCCUGGCGUGGCUCUUUAUCUGUGAGUUAUUGGCCUCCUGGAGCAAAUGGUUUAUUUAUUAAACACCGGGCAACGCACUGAGCAAACACUGCGUCAAAACGAGGUACUGUAUGAGGAAGAUGUGACUUCCCACCUCGAGCUGACUGUCUCACCUCCCCACGUAGCAAUGGGCCUUCGAGGAUCCAAGCCACCUGAAGCCCACGUUCUUCUUCUGGGCCUGGACAACGCGGGGAAAUCCACUCUCCUCUAUAAACUGAAACAUAAUGCGAGUGUGAGCACCGUCCCCACGAUCGGCUUCAACGUAGAAACGAUUGACACGAAGAAGAAGGGCAAGAACAUCGCCGUGAUACUGUGGGAUGUGGGUGGUCAGGGCAGUAUGCGCGAGCAUUGGAGGAGUUUCCAUCCGGACGCGGCAGCUGUGGUGUUUGUCGUUGACAGCGCGGACCAGGAGCGUCUGGGAGAGGCGCGACGGGAGCUGGAGAAAACGCUGACGAGCGAGCCUCUGUCCGGCCUUCCGCUUAUUCUCAUCGCCAACAAACAGGACGUGCACGGCGCUCUGACUGCAACGGAAAUGAAGGACAAGAUUAACCUGAAGAAGGUUUGUUCGGGACGGGACUGGUUCGUCCAGCCUUGUUCCGCAUCCACGGGGUUUGGAGUGGAAGAUGCCUUCAAACGAGUGGUCCAAAUGGUCAAACUGUCAUCAGAACCUGGCGCGAUGAAGGAAAACAUCAAGGACACAGUGCACUAUUUAAAAGCAAGCAGCAGACACUGAUUUAUUUACAUAUGAUUUGCAGCUCAGUGGAAACACGCAUUUAAACUCUGGUAUACAAACAAUCAAUCAUAAACAUAGCCAUUAGUUCAUUUAAAGCUGCAGUGCAUCAAAGUGCUAAUCAGGGUUGCUUGAUUGACUUAACUAGCUCGGUCUUUUUGUUUUUCUGUUGUCUUGACAUGAAACAAAUCACUUCCUGUGUGCAGCACAGGAAAUUCACCAUGUGCUCAGCUCCACCAGCCUGCUGUGAGUUGUGUGGAGCUGAUCGGCUUAACCAGAAUUGUAUGAACUCAUUUGAUAAUGAUUUGUCUCUGACAGGCAUUUGUUAAUAUAUAAAAGUUAUGCACUACAAUGUUAACUCACUAUUUGUAUUCUAUACACAAAUCAACGACAGAAUUGGGUAAAAAUAUGAGGCUACACAUUUCUUAUGGACACCAGACAACGUGGACGAUGGUGCAUUAGAAGCACCGAUGAGUACCAUGGACACUCACGGUAUGCAUAACCUGCUUUCAAUAAUUAAACAGAAUUUGAUUAUCUCACACAGCCAUUGACAAAUACAUUAAACGCUUCGGUUCACGGGCACUGACACAGCAUUUAUAUCACAGAAACAAUGGAAUCUUUCAGGACCCGAAAAAAGAUCGAUGAGGAGCUACACUUCCAUUUCUCCACUAUAAACAUAUGCUGAAUUUGUAAAUUCAGUUUUAAACUGCAAAUAAACUGCUAGUACUAUU